AUGGAAUCGCACCGACCGCAAAGCUAUCCGCAGAGCCCGGAACUCGUGCCAGCAACAUUUGCCUCAGGAUCAUUAUCACCAUCAUCGUCAUCAGUGGCCCCGCUCGAAACAGAACAACUUGUCUCAGAAGAACCAUACAUGUUUCUUAUCAAUGAAGAGACGAAACGCAUGAGAAAUCUUCAGGCCCAAUUGGCGAAUGCUAAUCUCACCAGGCAAAACGACGAAGGCUUCAACAUUCAUAACGAUGAAACCGAACUAGCCGCUCGUUCAGUGUUUGUGGGGAACCUGAGCCGUCGUGCAACUGCUCAGCAGUUGCAAGAGCUUUUCAAAGAUGCAGUGAGCCGUGUCAACAGAGUUGAUAUCCAAGUGGACGGUAAAACACAUUCACCAAGAGGGUUUGCGUAUGUCGAGUUUGCCCAGCCGAAAGACGUGAUGGCUGCUAUAGAAUUUAACGGGACCGUGCUUUUCGAAAGGGCGCUAAAAGUCAUUCCGAAGAGGCCAAAAUUCGAGAGAGUGAUGAGAGGCGCUAGGUGGAAUGCAGGUGUAAACCGUAAGCAUCGUGGGGUCUUCAAGAGUCGUUUCAACAGCUUCGGGAGGGGACGAGGCAGAGGCCGUGGUCUGCAUCGUGGCAGAGGUAAGCGUGUCUUUUGA